AUGGUUGUCUCAUUUCUCAUACUAUUGAUAUUGAACGUUUUUGCACUCGAUGGAGUUGUCAACGAAUAUUAUAAAGCGGAAUUCAUCGACACCAAGGUACAAUACACUUUCGAUUUAAACGGAGAAACACACUGGUUCAAUUUGUUUAACUGCGAAGAGGGAAAUUACUUGGCGAUAACCGUACAAACUUAUACCGCUGGUAAUAUUCUUUCCACCUCAUACACAAUCCCAAUUGCGACUUCCGUGACGCAACCUAUAGAAAACUCUUAUAAAACAGUCGUGUCGAUAAACGAGUGCAGUAAACAAUUAGCUAAAUACUGUGAUGGUGUCAUUCAAAUGAGUACAUCCCGAAGGUCAUUCAUUCAAACUUCAUUUACGCCGAAAGUUGCGACUAAGUCGUUGACCCAAACAGACGACCCCGACAAAACACACAAGACCGGAGAACACCCCGUGUAUGCAAUGUGGGACUUGUUGAGAGACAAUGACUCUCAGAUCAUCACAAAGGAAAGCACUCAAUUUAAAAUGAAACUGUUGGCUAACACUGAAAACCCAAUUAUGGGAUCAAUCUGUUUACUCGCUAAUGUCGCGGAGAUGUCAACGAAUUCAUAUGUGAUGUUCCCACAAGACAACAUGAGUCUGGCGAUGAUUAACUUCAACUUACCAAACACAAAGAACCAAUAUCUGUUAUAUGUGACGGCGGAGAUACCGGGCUAUUUCCCUUACUAUUACAACUACAUCGUUGUGCAGUCUGCUGCAGUUGAGUACUUUGUGUUGCUUGCGAUGUGCGUCUUUAUGUUGUUCUAA